GCGGAUCUUAACCAGGGUUGAAAUCCAAUCAGAUUUGCCUAGGAGGGUCGUAAUCUCCAAUCGUAGCAGUGUUUAGAAAUCGCUUCCUAUUCAUUUUGCUCCAGAAGGUCGUGUUGAAGCGUGGGGACAUGUGGGCCCGGGUGUUGUACAAGUUGCCCGCUAGUACUUCCUGCAUUGCUAGAAGAACUGUCACUUAUGAACACCGCUUUGGUCUAUGGUCUAGCGGCUGGGGACGCCAGAAAGACAGGGUGUGUGCGGAACAUUCACGGGUCCCCUCAAUUACAGGGGCCAGACCCAUAACAUGGAGUGUAAAGCGCAUACAUUGUUUACCCUCUGGAAGCAGCCCGGUUUCUAGUGAGACGCAGCUCAAGGGCCCGUCAGCUGCAGAUGACUGUACAGAAGAGGUGACCGUCGAAAAUCCUCUUCCCAGUUUCAGCAUUGAUGCACUUGUCCGCUUACUGCAGCAAGAGAAUGCCAGGGACCUGUGUGUUAUCAGAGUACCGCAAGAAGUAAAAUAUGCAGAAUACUUUGUGGUAGUCAGUGGAUCUUCUUCACGACACAUUCAAGCAAUGGCACAGUACACCUUGAAAAUGUACAAAUUUUUGAGGAGUGAAAAUGAGCAACAUGCUCGUAUAGAGGGGAGAGACACAGCUGACUGGAUGUGCAUAGAUUUUGGUAACAUUGUUGUCCAUUUUAUGCUGCCUGAGACUCGGGAACUCUAUGAACUGGAAAAAUUGUGGACCUUGCGCUCGCAUGAUGACCAGUUAUCUCAGAUGGUUCCAGAGAUUUUACCAGAUGAUUUUACUUUUGGGCUUAAUGAACGAUAGCACUACAAGUAGCAAAUAAGUUUUCUAUUAAUUUUACUUGAUUUUCUAAAGUUGCAUAGCACUGUAUAAGGUACAUGUAUUUGCAAACUAUUCAGUGACAUUCUCUGAGCAGCAGCAUACUCUGCUGAUGCUGAUCAGUGGCUGCAACCCAGAGUAACAGGGGAAAAAAGCUCUAGAAGGUGAGUUUGCUAGCCAAGAUUUUGCUUUUGGCAUACAGAUAAAAUAUUUAUAUUAUGUUCCUUUUUAGAUUUUACUCUUGGAUAUUAAGGGAGAAUAUAGUAAAAUAAACUUGCAAUAUAC